GAAUAAGUAUAUGAUAAAUGUCCUCCAUUCUUAAUAAUGUUGAAUAUUGUGUUGGAGCAGAACCGGUGCGUGAACAUGAUCGCGCAUCUAUUCAACGCACCACUAGGAGACGACGAGACGGCGGUGGGAGUGGGAACCGUGGGAUCUUCGGAAGCCAUAAUGCUGGCCGGUCUGGCAUUCAAGAGGAAAUGGCAGAACAAGAUGAAACAGCUCGGGAAACCCCACGACAAGCCCAACAUUGUCACCGGCGCAAACGUUCAAGUCUGCUGGGAGAAAUUUGCCCGCUAUUUCGAAGUGGAGCUCAAGGAGGUCAAGCUAACUGAAGGAUACUACGUCAUGGAUCCCGACAAGGCCGUCGAGAUGGUCGACGAGAACACCAUCUGUGUCGCCGCCAUCUUAGGCUCUACUCUUAACGGUGAAUUUGAGGAUGUCAAGCGCCUCAACAACCUCUUGGUCGAGAAGAACAAACAAACAGGAUGGGAUACCCCCAUUCAUGUGGAUGCGGCUAGUGGUGGCUUCAUUGCUCCGUUUUUGUAUCCGGAGUUGGAGUGGGAUUUCAGAUUGCCGUUGGUGAAGAGUAUCAAUGUGAGUGGGCACAAAUACGGGUUGGUGUAUGCUGGUAUCGGAUGGGCCAUUUGGAGGACCAAGGACGACUUGCCCGACGAGCUAAUCUUCCACAUCAACUAUCUCGGAUCCGAUCAGCCCACCUUCACCCUCAACUUCUCCAAAGGGUCCAGUCAAAUAAUUGCUCAAUACUAUCAACUCAUUCGGUUAGGUUAUGAGGGGUAUCGCAACAUAAUGGAAAACUGCCAAGAAAAUGCAAUGGUGCUAAAAGAUGGCCUCGAGAAAACAGGGCUCUUUACCAUCGUGUCAAAGGACCACGGCGUCCCGCUGGUGGCGUUCAGCCUCAAGGACAGCAGCCGCCACAACGAGUUUGAGAUCUCUGAGAUGCUCCGCCGCUACGGGUGGAUCGUCCCCGCCUACACAAUGCCGCCAGACGCGCAGCACAUCACGGUGCUUCGCGUCGUCAUACGCGAGGACUUCUCGCGGACUCUGGCGGAGAGGCUGGUGCUGGACAUCGAGAAGAUCAUGCACGAGCUCGACACGAUCCCUUCGAGGGUCACGGAGAAGAUCGCCACGGACGAGGAGCAUGCGGUUGUGGUGAAGAAGACUGCCCUUGAAGUGCAGAGGGAGAUCACUGAUGCUUGGAAGAAAAUGGUUGCUGAUCACAAGAAAAAGACUAAAGGGGUUUGCUGAUUAUUUUAAUCUACAUAAUUAAGUGAAAUGCUACUGCUUUGGUUUGGUUUGGUUUGGUUUGGGGCAUUAUUAGCAUGAACUAUAUUUCGUCCAGCUAUGUCUGCGGAGUUGUGAAUCUUUAGGAAUGUUAUGUAAGAGUGUAUUAUGCCACCUUUAUGUUUAAUACUCUUUUUCUUUUU